AUGACACGGCUGUCAGAUAAUGAUACUCUACUAGACGAGGCACAAGAAAAUGGUCAUGAUAACGAGACCAUCGAGGAGCGAUGCUUCUCUGCUGCCCUCGUCUGCCUUGAAGGGCACUAUACUCAGUCCCCUCCCAUGGGACCGCACACAGCAGCCAGAGUGAGCUCUAUGAUCACCAAAACACUAGAAAAGACACACACUCUCCGCAAGGCUCGCGAGGCAAUCUCAAGAAAUGUGGCGAUUUGGAUCUGGCUCACAAGAAUUUUUGCGGCUGCUAUACCCAGCCUCACCACAAGAUCCGUGGGUCCCUUAUCAAGUCUUAACGAUCCAGAGAAAGGCGUCACCCCGCAAGAAAGCACGGCAUUGAUCGUCAUGAACCACGCCUCCAUAAAAGAAGAUCUUGGGACACUCAUCAAGCUCAUGCACAUCGCUCGCAACUUGCUUGUCAACGCUGAGCCCGAAGUACCUCAGGAUAUCUGCGCUGCGGUCCAUUUUGAUCAAAUGGUGUAUCAAACGAUCAUUCUCUGCGUUAACGUUACAAGCAAAGGCUAUGACGGAGAAAUUCUCGAUGAGAAUCAGAGAUUAAAGCUGGGUGAUGUUACAGAGCUGUACAAGAAAUUGCUUGUGACAUCUCUACAACAAGCACAUAACUGGACAGCGAAACACGACAGAAACAAAAUGUCGUUCUGGUUUGAUGUUCUGUUUGACGACGAUGGCGCACUUUCAUGUCGUGACGAAAGUUCAGGCGACUCGCUAGGUUUCCGACCAGAAGUGGCCAAGGCACAGGUCCAACACUGGCUGGACCGAAACUCCAAGCUAUGCGACACCGCCAGGAAACUCCUUACAGAUUACGCUCAGAACCAUGCGGGUAAACCACCGGGAAACCUGGCCCCGAUUCGGCCACUCGCCUGGAACUGGCUCCCGGACGGCUCCGUCGAUGUUCCCGCGGAUGUCGUUAAUAUCGAUGAAAAGAUCAACCCGGUGUGGAAGCCAGAUGAGACCGAUAAAUUCGAGCAGGAUCGUGCUUAUGGGCGCGUCUCUAGAGAGGUCGAUACCUGGUGGCUGAAUGCUCGUGACCCCAAUUAUGAAGAAUGGCAUGUUCCAAUGCCGGCCGUGGAGUUCGCUCAAACUCGUCUUGAGCAUUGCCGUAACAACCUUCUUCAUCAAUACGCUCACUCUUGCGGAACAGAUCGUUCCCCGCCUUCAGGGGUUGUUGAGGAAGAGCAGCUCUCGGAACACGAGCAUUGCCAUCACUGCGAGCACGACGACCACGAUCAUGACCACGAUGACCACCAUCACGAUCACGACCAUCAUCAUGAAUGCAACCAUGAUCAUGACCACGACCACGACCACGACCAUGACCACCAUCACGAUGACGAGCAUACAUGCGAGUGCGAUUAUGGUCACGAUCAUCACCACCACCAUCAUCACCAUCAUGAUCAUGAGUAUGCUCACGACUAUGUGGAGGACAUAAUGGAUGAUGAGGACGCCGACGAUGACGAAUCUUAUGGUGAGGGGCCACUGACCGGACUACUCACUGAAGUGCCAAACAUUCUGGACCCGAAACAGAUCGAGGCUCUGCACAUGAUAGUGAAGUCGUGUAUACUGGACAAUGCCGGCUCUGGUUUGACUCGCGCAGGCGAGAACCUGCAAAAGACACGAUGCCGUAUGUUCCUGGCACUCGACUGUGGAAAGAGCUUAUUACGAGAGAUGCUGGUCUUUAUUGCCGUUUGGGAAAAGGACGAGCAGUCACUCAUCUUCCAGGUGACAACUCAGAUCGUGGAGGCUCUCCAUCAUAGCGCCCUGAUCCCAUAUGCAUGGAACUCUUUGCGCAUAAUGAAGGACAUCAUUUCGCCAGCACAGACAGUUCUCCUGCGACUCAUCAAUCACAUGUUCAGAGCCCGAGUCAACAACUCGUCUUCGCAGGAAACCAAAGACAAUGCUCGCGACAUUAAGCUUGUCCACUUCUUUUUGAGUUUUUUUCGAAGUCGCAUCGUCCCAGAGUGUGCUGCUUUGAUGCACCUCCAGGCUCAGAUUCGGGAGGAAAACUUCGAUCCCUCCGAGUUCCCUGUGGACAGCUGGGAUAUGGAGCGUGCUAAAGAUGGUUUGGCUCAGUACCUUGACUUCCUUACGACUGUUGCUGAGAUGAUGGACACCCGAGCGAAGCUUAUUGAGUGGGAGGCCGUAUACGACCUCAUCACCAUUCUGAGCGGGCUAGAGGCAGGUGUGCCCAAGAAACCUUUGAUUGAACUACCGAAGCGAUCGCCACGAAAUGAGAACAGCGGCAACCCUAUGGUUGAAAGGCCCUAUUCUUCUGCAGACGAUGGCCUUCCACCUUCGCCACCACCUCCUCCUCUGCAAGAACCAGCGCACAAGUUCCCCUGGUCUGGAAUAAAGGGCCAAAUCUUUACCAUUAUAGCCACCCUACUACAACCACCUCCAGGUCAGAGCAGUCCUGGUAAUCCGGAUGUGCAGAUGCAGAUGGUCAAGUACAACGGAAUUGUACCUCUUCUCAACUGCUGCGCUUACGACGACCACAACCCCUUUGCUAAGGAGCGAGUAACAAUUUGCCUCAAGUGGCUGUUGGAUGGAUGCGAAGCUGCCAAUACCUUCUUCCGGGAGCUUGUCAAUCUUUCACCUCCACCAAACCUUCGUCCUCCACCUGGUGGCACAACUGUAUCAACUAUCAGGGUCGAUGGUAUUCAAGGCGACGUGAAAGUACAGGUCCGCUCAAGCACGGCCGGUCCAAGCGAGCAGGACACCAACGACAUCGUGGAUGGAGCUGGAAGAAUCGAUCUGAAUCAACCAAGUGGACGAGGCAGCAUCGAAGAUGAUUUCAUGGCAUAG